AUGACUUCUCUUUUCUUCUCCACCCCCGUCGACAUUGACGUCGUCCUCGAGGACAGCGAUGAACGCCAGACCGUCGACGUCAAGCUCGACAAGGGCCGUCGCGAGCGUGUCCCUCUCUACAUGGAUGGAGAGUCCGUCAAGGGUGCCGUGACUGUUAGACCCAAGGAUGGGAAGCGAUUAGAGCACACGGGCAUCAAGGUGCAAUUCAUUGGCACGAUUGAAAUGUUCUACGACCGCGGUAACCACUACGAAUUCCUUUCCCUGGUGCAAGAGCUCGCCGCUCCGGGCGAACUGCAACAUCCGCAGACCUUCCCAUUCAACUUCAAGAACAUCGAGAAACAGUACGAAUCCUACAAUGGCAUCAACGUCAAACUGCGGUAUUUUGUCCGGGUGACGGUAUCGAGGCGCAUGGCCGAUGUCAUUCGUGAGAAGGACCUCUGGGUCUACUCCUACCGUAUGCCGCCUGAGAGCAACAGCCCCAUCAAGAUGGAUGUCGGAAUCGAAGACUGUCUGCACAUUGAGUUUGAGUACUCCAAGUCCAAAUAUCACCUCAAGGAUGUCAUUGUCGGGCGCAUCUAUUUCCUGCUUGUGCGGCUCAAGAUCAAGCACAUGGAACUAUCUAUCAUCAGACGUGAAACGACCGGUUCGCCUCCGAAUCAAUAUAAUGAAAGUGAGACGUUGGUGCGGUUUGAGAUCAUGGAUGGAUCGCCUUCGCGAGGUGAAACUAUCCCCAUCCGACUGUUCCUCGGUGGUUUUGACUUGACUCCCACAUUCCGGGACGUCAACAAGAAGUACUCGACAAGAUAUUAUCUCAGUCUGGUUCUCAUUGACGAGGAUGCCCGUCGUUACUUCAAGCAAUCUGAAAUCGUCCUCUACCGCCAAGCUCCCGAGAUCGCCGCCACUCCUCAGAUCGCCCAGCAGCAGCUGAUCCAGCAACAGCAGCUCUACCAGCAGCAACAGCAGCAGCCACUCCCGGGUGCAGCCACCGCAGGGCCCGGGAGAGAACAACCUCGAACUCAACCCCAACCCCAACCUCAGGCUGUUCCACCCCCAGCGGCUUAA